GUUAUGUAAUUUACCGGCGUGACCGGCACAGCUCACGGAACCGGAAGGCGGAACCGACAAAUCGACGCUCUAUUUUCCCUUACAAAUACUGCAUUUUGGUGUCUUUAGUGUCAAAGGACGUGCACCCAGAUGACAUUUGAGCAAGAACAGGUCUGCAACCUCAGUACAGAAUUGUUUACUGCUGAUGGGAAGCAUGCAACACUUGCGAACUCCAGUACAAGCCUUGAGACGAGCUCAGGCAGUCGUGAUCUGUCGCAGCCGCAGGAGCAUCAAACCGUCAACUGAGCUCCUCCAGAUGCUCCCAGAUCUCUAUGAAAUCUACAAGGAGACCCAACCACACCGGGCUGGACAGCGCCGGGGAAGGAAGCUGCACUGGGCACUGCUGCCUCGCAGCUUAGACCUGUCAAGCUGGUGCCACUUCUGCAACCUUAAAGACGGAGCUGUUUCAGCUAGGUACAGCACGCAAGCAGCAACUCUCCCAGACGCACCUGUACUCUCAUCUGAUACAACUCAUGCCACGAGAUUGGGCAAUGUGUCAGCGACAAAUGUGUGUGAGAGAUCUAAACUGAACUGCAUGCAAAACGUGUCAGAGGGUUAUAAAAAUAAGUCCCUCAAUGCACGGCUAUCCCUUGAAGAAGUUCUGACCAGUUUACAAAGCAACCCAGAUGUAAUGUCCGUGCACAGAAUCGGGCAAGUGCAAGGCUUGGGUGAAGAAAUCCAGCGGAGGCAGCUCAAUGGAAAACCAGUUCCAGAUGGUAUAAAUGCCCUCGAUCUUGACCACCUGCUUGGCCUUCAGUCUAAAACCAGCCGAAAGAAAUUCAUCAAUUUCUUGGUCAAGAAGGACAAGUUGAAACGCAGAAAGACAGAAGAGCAAGCAUCGAGACUCAAAUGUAAGGCAUUAGAAUCAAGUGCACUUCAAGAGCCAGAGUUAACUGUUCACAACACUUUUGUUCGCCACGGGCAGGAUGUGGCAGAGGAUGCCGCUAAUGGGUGGAAUCUUGCCAGGAGCUUGAUGUUCGGUCCCCCUAUCGUGUUUGAUCUGAGCUACGACCAUCGCAUGAAUCGACGAGAGAUCAUCAACACUAUCUUGCAACUGAAUCGCGUCCUCAGUGCCAAUAAAACUCUGCGGGACCCCUUCCAUGUCCACUUCACAAGCGUAGCCGGGGAUGGACAUGCAGAACAAGAACUGAAGCGCGUCCACGGCGAGCAUUUCGACAACCUCAUGGUGAGCAUCGCAGAAAUGCCGCCUCAGUGUGUUUUCCCCAACGAGGAACUGGUUUACCUGACAGCCGACUCGCCGAACGUUCUAACAAGCUAUGACCCCAAUAAGAUUUACAUCAUCGGGGGUUUUGUCGACAGGGCUGUCAAGAGUCGGGUGUCCCUCGGCAAGGCGGAGGAGGCAGGCAUCCCCCAUGCCCGACUACCGCUUGACGAGCAUCUCAGGUGGCAUCAGAGCACUAAGAACUUGACGUUAGACCAGAUGAUGGACAUCCUGAGUGAGUUGAGAGCAUCAGGGGACUGGGGUAGGGCUCUGCAGCAUGUGCCAAGUAGAAAACACCUCGGAAGAAAACAUGUCUCCACAAUGGACAUAUGCACACUAACAUCUUAAUUUGAGGACAAGUGCCUUUAAUAUCUAUAGUCAAACUCAACCUGGCCUUGCGCAAAUGUUUGUAACAUGUUGGUCAUUCUAUAAAGUUGGGGUCCAUUACCUCUGAACUUUGUAAUUUGCCAUUCAAGUACAUUGUUCAUUAACUCUUACUUCCCAAAUCAUCCAAAAUUCCUCUUUGCAAAAUGGAGAAUUUUGCAGGAUUGAGGCUAUAUGGCAAAAGUGUGUGGCUGAUUUUAGAGGAUGCACUGUGUCAAGGUCUGAGGCCAGACCUUGUGUUUAUGCUCAGUCAUGCAUACAUUUAGGCCAAGAUUAUAGUACUUGACAUCCUCAGCACUUCUCUAGGAUGUCACUGGCUCUGCCUCAACAUAUGCCAGUGAUUGCUGGAAGAUUUUGCAGGAUUGAGGUAGUGGUCAACCCUCCAAGGACCACAUUCAAUUUUUUACAUGGAGGCAGUUGGAGAAUUUUGCAGGAUUGAGGUUGCAUCCCAGCAACAUUGCCUAGGGAGUGAGGGUUAAGAAUGACUUCAAUCAAUUUUGUUUUGGGGUAGGUCGUUUGCUAUUCAUAAUCACAACAAGAGGAUCACUGCAGAACUGAAAGCAACAGAGUUGUAAAUCAUACAUGUCAGAUGUAGAUGUCAGAUGUAACAGGGACCGGUAUAAACAAGAAGCCCCAAAAUGUAUAGAAUGACCCAUAUCUCCUACAUCUGUAGGACUACCCUGCUAAAUCCAACAGAGUCCAAUGGUUACUUCCUGCUCAAUCCAACAGAAUCCAACUGAGCCUUAUUUUUAGUUGUCUGCUGGAUCCAACAGAGUCCAACUUGGCGUUAUUUACCACUACCCAAUAGAAUCCGACUCUGAAUAUGUAUGUACAUUUUUACAAGGGGUUUACUGCUCAAUCCAACAGGCUCCUGUUGGAUUCAGCAGUGCUAGGGUUAGGAGGAGCCACGGGUCCCAUUCAUUCUCACGUAAGUGAUUGGUUGACCCCAAGUAGGCCAUCAGUCCGGGGGUUUGGUCAGUAUCAAAUCAGGGCAUAAGUUAUUAUAGUGCGCAUGCGCAAGGUAUACCGUCCCUAGAGUGGUAACAAGCAUUUUGAUGGACAUUUUGAGAAAAAGGGUGAUAACACCCAAAGAGCUACCACCGUUGCAAUGCUAUCACAUAUUUUCCAACUCUGAAGGUGCAUACCUUUGCAAAAAUCGCUAUAAUGAUUAUUCCCCUCAUUUGAUACUGGUGGCCAAAAUUUUGGACCGAGGCUGAUGGCCUAAAGGCAACAUGUUCACUAUCUCCAGAAUUCUGUUGUAAAAGAUUUUGUAUUAAGAGGCCAUCAAUUUUUUCAUAAUUUUCACAAGGGUACAAACUGUAUGCUGGGAGGAAGGGUUAGGAGACCGUGUACGUUUUUCAAAAAUAAUUGAAAAUGAUGAUAAUACCUACCUCCUUGAUAAGCAGAGAAAUCAUCAUUUGUUCCUUUUCAGUUUGUACUCUCUAGGAGGGGGAAGGGGUCCAGAAAAAAAGUUGUACAAAAAAAUGGAUGGCCCCUGCCCGCUUAUGAUAGUCAACUGUGUUCCCCAAACUGCAAACAGACGCACGUGUACUACUAAAUUAUGUUUUUCAUUCUCUUUCCCUCAGGAGACUAAAUGUAUCUUUUAAAUUACAUAUUUAAGAACUGAUAUAACACUUGAGUAGUACUUCUAACAUCUACUUGUUAUAAAAAGUGCUGUGCAUUUUUAAAGUAUUUAUUAUUCGAUUAUUCCAGCUUGGACUUUAUGGAAUAUUUGAAACGUUGCUGUUGAAGAUUUACAUGCACAAGCCUUAAAACUGGCUGCUUAUCAGGAUUUACGUGCAUUUGCACUUGUCGAAAAAUUACCAUACCGUUUAUUGAAAUAAUUUAACAAGGCGGUUCUCGAACCGCGUGUCUCGCCUGCUGUCACAAUUAUCUUUAAGAGUGACCUUUGACCUCAGUGUGUGACUAUUGACAUCAUUAGCAUAUGAAGGUUCCCAAUUUGCAUCUGUGGCCUCUUACCCCAAGGUCAUGAAGGUUAUUGUUUGGCUGGUUUUGAUUCAGCUUGAUCAAAUAUUUUUAAAGCAGUGAGAGGUCGAAGUCUCAUGGCAUAGAAAUGUAACGUUAGUGACGGUGGAAUUGCCCCAUACAUGUACACAUUGCAUGCAUAAGUACAGACAUACAUGUACCGGUAGUGAUUGCACAGUCUCUCUUCUGGACAAAGUCCAGGCCAGACUAAAAACUAGAACAUCAUGUAAAUGUACAUGUACAUGUAUGUAUCAAGAAAUGUUUUCAAGGCUGUGAAAUGGCCGAUGUUUGAGAGAUUUUGAAGACGAUUCCCGACGGAAGCUCUCAAAUCAUGUGAACAAGUUGGCAUUUGACAAACAAACAUUGUGCAUGUUAUGUCAUUUCCUCUUGGAGUGGAAUGGAAGAAAGAUUAGAUUCAAAUAUUCAGUAGAUGAUCGAGCAAGUAUAUUUGGCAUAUUUCCAUACAUGUACAUGUACAUGUAGUUAUAGCAUAAACGUUCAUGUAGUCUGUACAGAAAUUUAUAACAAGAGUUCAUUUUUUUUCUUCACUUUUUCUGUCGCACUACCUGGGAUAUAUCACAAUCUGCACAUUCAGAUAUCAUUGUCCUAAAAAUGGUUGUUUUUUUUAGUGUUUCAAUUCAGUGGUCUGGAAAUCUUUCAGAGGUGAUUGGUUGACAUACAUGUACAUGUACUCUCUUCAAAGAUUGAAACUUGAGACUUCAUGUCGAUAAUUUACAGUUAAAUUUUGAUCUACUCAAUUGAAUUAAUUUUACUGUCAAAUGUCUGGUCCCAAGUUUUAAGUUGGUGGGAGUAAAUUUUCACUCAAAUAGAGUGAAGUUUGGUUAUGUUUGCACAAACGCGAGUAAAGACAG